AUGACCGUUGCUGAAAUUCACGAAUGGCUUGCUCUAAAGUAUCCGGAGUACCAAUACAGAAAGUAUAACAUUCGCAAAGUUCUAAAUUCUCGAAAUUCCCGGUUCGUGAUUGCCAACAGAGAUCGGAUUGCGGGUCUCCCGGCUCGCUGGAUUAUUCGGUCUGGGACAGAGACUCAACUUCGGAAGCGCUUCAGUGGACCCCCACGUAGCCGUAUAAUUCGUCAGAUCUAUGGUGGUCCUUCCCAAGAAAUUCACUGCAUACUUUGCAGACGGAGUUUUGAUUGUCACGAGAGUUUUGUGGCGCAUCAGCGAGAGGCCCAUUCUGACGGUGCAAGCUCGUCUCCGGCCACCAACAAGGGAAAGAGGCCCUUUGACUAUGCACCUGCUGUCACAAGCGACCCUGGGGCCGGGACUCAUAGUGGAAGGCGUCGCGACGAGGAGCGCGAGCUUGAUUACGAUCCAAAUGCUCAGGAGAUGAGACACAUACUGGCAGAGAAGCAAGGAGUUGACGAAAAGUACGACUUCAUCCAUGGGAUGGUGACGUUAAAGACGAGCCCAGGGGCAGCCGCUGGAUCCACCGGAAUUACUGAUCAUACGCGGAGCAUGUUCCGCGCUAUACUUGCGGAGAAUGGCAUAGCUGAUGCCGAUGAGGCUACCCUGGAGCAGGAGAUGGUUAUGUUUUUCAAAUUUACACGUUCGCAUCGAAUCCGGCUGGGAAGGCCAGGUGAUUUUGCUAACUGCCCGGUGAUCAUCGACGCCGACGACGACAUGAGCGACGUUAUCACGAAAACUAUAGUCCCUUCAAUAGCACAAUCGCCCCUUCCUUCGCCUCCUCCUUCCUCUCCUUCCCCUCCUCCUGCCUCUCCUCCGCCUCCGCCUCGGCCUCCCACUCCGGCACCGUCUCGACAUUCGUUGCGUGGAACAUCUGGUGUUGUCGAGAACUUUAGUGGUAUGGAUGGACGGCAUAAAAAGAAGCGAAAACGUGGAGCACAGGGUGGGGGUAUGGAUGGACGGCAUAAAAAGAAGCCAAAACUUGGAGCACAGAGUGGGGGUUCUAGUUCAAAAUUACCGUCCAUCACUGCCUCAAUCAAGAACUUGGCUCCAGCCGUUUCUACAGCGGGCGUGGGGGAAAGCGCGUUACCACAAGCUCAGAGCGCUCUAAUACCACCGACUGAGACCACUGAGUCCUUAGUGCGAGCCGGUCCAAGUUGUCAAACUACUCAAUCCCUAGAAGGCGGUAUGUCAGAGAUACUGCGGCCCGAAGAUGCUGUCGACAUUAUGACCUCCGUGCUGCUGACGACCGCGAAGGUAAGGAUCCAGGCAGGCAAGUUUGGCUUCAAAUCGGUAAACCUAACGACCACCACAAACACCGUCAAAAUUCGAGAGUACACCAAACUAAUGGAGCUACCAUUCAAGGAUGCCACUGACAUGAUAGCAAAAUCGGGUGCUGGUAGUGUCGGCAUUGGCCUCCAAAAAACAUGGGAGGAAGCCUGCUAUUGGGAAAUAAUCGAGAAAUACGCGGCGACUCUUGGCCCUAUGUCUAUCUCUACAGGACCACAUGAUGGAUUAACCUCGCAGGAAAAGGUUGCAGCAUUUGAAUUCAUUCAGCUGACCGGAAAUGGGACAGAACAGACAAGUGAAGAGACGCAGCGCAGGUGGCGCGUCUGGUGGAAGGAUCUGUCGGAUAUGAAAAAUGCUGGUGUGGUAUGCAUCCUGCUCUACCGAAACCCUAGGUUCAAUAAGUUUUGCAAGGAUUUCCCCAGAAGGAAGCAGUCUUAUCGGGAACUGAUCAAUAUCAUCGUGUCCUGGGAAGCGGUAUACUCGAACCAUAUCAAACAGAUUGAGCUCCGGGCGAUAGCCCACGCCCAAGGUAACUACUCGGGCUGGCUGGACCGACUACAGGUCACCGAACAACUGACCAUAUCAGAAUCAAACUGGGAUAAUGGGUCUAAUGUAUGGCACUGCUAUGACGAAGAAGAGGCCUGGAAGCUUACCAGAAACUGCGCAGCGACAUCAGCUGAGAGUACCCCGAAACUACUUACAAAAGACGCAUACAUAGAAUCGGGGACGAAUAGGUCAUUCUUUAUAUCAAUCCAACCUGGCAUUUCCAAGCUGGUUAGUGUGUUCCCUGUUGUCCCCAUAGACCCAGGCGACGUGCUGGGAAUCUUCUCGGGUAAAAUUCGGUUCUCCGAGCGCUGCAAUGUUGCCCAGUCCAUUACCGGACCGGCACCGCAUCUUUGGUUAGACUAUUCACAGAUGACGGGAACCCUCAACCAAAUGCUAGUCGCUCAGCCAGGUGGAGCAGCUAAUGUGUACUUGACUUGGGAGGGUGUCAACGAAGCUGUGGAGGGUGGUCCGUGUGAGAUCUGGAGAGUGCUUGUCGUGGCUAUUCGCAAAAUUAUACCUUUUGAGCCGCUCGUUCGCGUGGCCUCCUCAGAGGAGCAGUUCGCACUUCACCAAUCACCUGAGUACGCAAGAAGAGGCGUCUUGGAGGCUUUUUAA